AUGACCAUCCCGGAAAGAUGGGUUGGCUUUCCAUUGUGCAAGCGAGUGGUAGCCCCACGCUGUCCGUCGUUACGACAUCUGGUUUGUUUAUUUGUUUUUGAUGGCGAAACUGUCAAUACUCGUUACGACAUCGAUACCAGCCGUAUCCAUCCCACAAGGCGAGAAAAACAAAUCAUCUCCAAACGACAUAAGUUGUCGGAUCCUCAGCUCAAACAUAUUCUAGAUGUCACCGUUGCUGCACAACAACACCGCCAUCAUAUCCUCGACUGGACUCGAGACGGAUCGAAUUCCUUUUCCUCUCGCUACUAA